UGAGAGGUGAUAUAAAAUGAUCUUUGAUUUCAGAUCCAGACACAAACAUCAGGAAUGAAAUGUUAUGUUCUCGCGAUACACCAGGCUCGUUCUCUGAUUGGGCCAGAACAGCAGUGGGUCCGGGACUUGGCCUUCUGGGAAAUAAACAGAGCAGUAGCUGGUGGAUCGAUAGCAUUUAGCGGCUAUCAGCAGUUACUGUAGUGGGUGAAGCAAGAGAUAAGACGUAGUUGUCUUAAAAAACAAGCUGGCUGUCAGACUGACGUCGGUGCACCGGUUGUCACUUUGCCCCGGGAAGAGGAAAAAUAAGUGCAUGUUUUUCGGCGAAUCGCGCGUUGGAUUGGAUGUACAGGACUUUGGACCAGCUAGCCAAGUGGAGUCAGUCUCAGUGGAGUAGCAACCCGCUGCAACGUUUUGCUAAAAUCGGACCGAGGAGUUGCAAAAGUUGGAGUCUUGCACGGAUUUAUCUUUGGACCGUUUUGUAUCUAUACGAAUAGUAAGCUUCAUCUGACGUUUUUAGCAAUACCGUGCCUUUCUGGUCAGUUUGCUGCCUUUCCAUCGACCGAUGCUUUUCAACUCAGUGAUUUUGGGAUGACAACUGGUGUGAGUAAAUUAUGGCGUUUGCCUCGGACUCGAGGCGACGUGAAAACGUUAUUCAUAGGUCAUUGAACUGCCAUGUCUCCCAAUUGGUGUACACAAGAUAACUGUCACACUGGACGAUAAUUAUUAUAAUGGCAACACAGAUUGGAAGAAUUUCUUUUUGAAGUCUAUGUAAACAGUUGUCCUCUGUACUGAUAAAGUGAUGGGUCCGAAGCACAGAAGCCACCGAUAACCUCUGUGUCAGUACGUGUGACCCUAAUUAUCUUUCUCAGUAGUCAUUCUAUUUAGGUUCCAGCCUCGUCGUUUUUACAAUGGAAACGGUCGUAUUCAAGUUACAACGCUCAAUGUCAAUCUGAGAACCACCAUCAGAGCGACCGGCUGUCUUCCCGAGACUCCGUUGUAGGACAACCAUGUGGGGCGCAGGGGCGCCACCAUCCCUGCAGGUCAUCGUGAAGGUCCUGAAACACGCCGCGGUCAAAGGACAGAUCCAGCUGAACCGCUGGCUCCAGAGAUCCUCCCUGGACGAGGGCGAUAAAGCAGACAUCUUGAUAUGCAACGCCUUUGAGGAGAGAGGAGGCGCCAUCGAUGAAGACCCGGAGAGCAUCGUUGACACUAGAGUGUCAUUCACCGGUGGCGCCACCAACGAGGAGUUCAGACACCAGUGUUGUAUUACAACGUGCUGCUUCAAGAGCACCCUCCUGGCAUGCAUUAUGACAGCUGUCUGCUUCUCCUCCGUGGCUCUAGUCAGACAGCACCUCAAGGACCUUCUGCUCUGGGUGGAGAGCUUGGACAGCCUGGUUGGAGCCAUGCUGUUCAUAGUUGGUCUGAUCAUUGUGUCCUUCCCGUUCGGCUGGGGUUACAUGGUGCUGAACGUGGCUGCGGGGUACCUCUAUGGCUUUGUGCUGGGUAUGGGACUGGUGAUGGUCGGGGUGCUCGUUGGGACCUUCGUGGCUCACCUGGUGUGUAAGAGACUGUUGACGGACUGGGUGGUCAACAAGGUGGGGAACUCUGAGCAGCUCAGUGCUGUGAAACGGGUGGUGGAGGGGGGGAGUGGACUCAAAGUGGUGGCCUUAGCGAGACUCACGCCCAUACCGUUUGGACUCCAGAAUGCAGUGUUUUCAAUCACAGACGUGUCGUUGCCAAACUACCUGGUGGCGUCGUCAGUAGGCCUGCUGCCCACACAGCUUCUAAACUCCUACCUGGGCACCACGCUGCGCACCAUGGAGGACGUCAUCGCAGAACAGAGCGUCAGCGGAUACUUUGUCUUCAGUCUACAGAUCAUCAUUAGUAUAGGCCUGAUGUUCUACGUGGUCCAUCGGGCCCAGGUGGAGCUGAAUGCGGCCAUCGCUGCCUGUCAGAUGGAGCUGAAGACAUCACACAUGAACGGCACUUCCACCAAUCACAGCGGCUUCACCUACUGCAGCAAGAGGGCGUCGGCCGGGGGUGGGAUCAUCAACGUGGUCUGAUAAAUUCUCUAAAACCCUGAUUGGACACGAGCGACUGGGAUCAAACUGAACACUGACGGGCCAGUGGAGCAGUUCUGAUAUCUGAUUGGAGUGCCUUCCAAAUAGGGAUGCUGAUUGUGUGGAUAUCAGUCAGUCUGACGUACAAUAUGCUAACAAUAUGAAUGUGCAAACUAGAAUGGGUUUGUUGUGUUCUGUUUCCAUGUUCAAACCAAAGCCUCCCCAUGCACCUCAGACGUUUUAGUUUCCACUUAUUUUUUUGGGUUAAUUCAUUUGUUGUUUCUAUUAUAAUUUUUUGCAUUUUUUAUGUUGAUUUGCAAAAUAGUGAUGGACAUUAUUUGGUUUAUUAGUCUAUAGUUUAAUUGUGCCUUAUUGUUUAGGAUAGAGAGAGACAAAGCUCUCUGUUACCAGGCAAGGAGGACUGGAGUUCAUUAGGCACCAAACGGAAGAAAACAGGAAACCGAAACAGGGAGGGACCGAAACAGGGAGGGAC